CCUCUAGGUCCCGCCCCAGAGGGCACUUCCGGCUCAGCGGAACUCGGUCCGCCGGCCUGGGUUCCCCGCGGGUUCCGCCUGUGGUCAAGGCCCCCGCCCUCCAUGAGCGCGGCGCCCCUGGUGGGCUACAGCAGCAGCGGCUCGGAGGAUGAAGCCGAGGCCGCCGGCGCCCCCGCCGCCGCGGGGCGGAGCAAGCCCAGGUCUGGGGUCCGCCGUUGUGACCAGAACCCCCUUCCCACUCAGAGGUUUCCAGUGCCUGACAGUGUGCUCAGCAUGUUCUCUAGCACCGAGGAGGGGCCCGAGGAUGACAGUACAAAACAUGGGGGACGCAUUCGGACCUUUCCCCAUGAGCGGGGCAACUGGGCCACCCACAUCUACAUACCAUAUGAAGCGAAGGAAGAGUUCCUGGAUCUGCUUGACAUGUUGCUGCCCCGAGCCCAGACAUUCGUGCCCCGGUUGGUGCGGAUGGAGGAGUUCCACCUCAGCCUGUCUCAGAGCGUGGUUCUCCGUCACCACUGGAUCCUCCCCUUCGUGCAGGUGCUCAAAGACCGCAUGGCCUCUUUCCAAAGGUUCUUCUUUACUGCCAACCAAGUAAAGAUUUAUACCAAUCAAGAGAAAACCAGGACCUUCAUUGGGCUUGAGGUCAGUUCCGGGCAUGCCCAAUUCCUGGACAUGGUUUCAGCGGUGGACAGAGUCAUGGAGGAAUUUGACCUCACUACCUUCUACCAGGACCCUUCAUUUCAUGUCAGUCUGGCCUGGUGUGUGGGUGACGCACGUCUCCAGCUGGAGGGACAGUGCCUGCGGGAACUACAGGAAAUCGUGGACGAGUUUGAAGACUCCGAGAUGCUGCUGCGCGUGCUGGCUGAGCAGGUCCGCUGCAAGUCUGGGAACAAAUUCUUCUCGAUGCCUUUGAAGUGAACCUUGUCCUCUCUACAGACCACCUGAGAUGGGGGAACCUGCUGCCGUCUGGGGGGGAUGCCCCAGCAGGAAGUGUGAUGAUCACACACCGAGCACUGCUCUAACUAACGGGCCCCUCUCCUGGUCCUUUUGGGUGGUAGGUUGAUAGGCUGCUGGUGUGGUGUGGUCAUUUCCAGAAAUCACCAGUAGAGGGCAGCCCGGACCUCUAAUUCUUCUGUUAGUCUAGGAAAAGAAAAUGAGCCCUGCUGGGGAGCUCACCCACACUCAGUGGGGUCCCCCUGAGGUCUCUCCACUGCAGUGAUCUAUAUUGAUGCCAUUGGCCAUCAUACCAGUUUUUAAAAUCAUUGUGCCCUGACUCACCUCUGUCAAACUGGGGGCUCCAGUGAGUCUCACCCUCCUUUUAAUCUCCUUUAUUUAUCACUUUUUCCCUUCAUCCCAUCCAGUGCCAGAAGAGGUCAUUUCAGGGCCAGGGCACAAGGUGCUAAUUUGUGGUCAGCAGCAGUUUUCCCAUUCCUUUCCUCCCACUUACCCAGCCAGGUGCCUGGGGAGAGCCCAGCAGAUGUUUCAUUUUGGCCUGGCUCUGGCUGCCGGCCAGGCCUCCAACACCUAUGACCCCUAGUUUCCCCCAUCAGCUUUCCCAAAGAAGCACAGAGGCACCUUUCCUCCAGGCAAAAUACUCCUACCCCUGUGGCUGAGCAUUCUUCAGGGGUGGGGGUGUCGUGGGAGGUGGAGAGGGUCAGAGAGGCACAGGAGAUUUUAUUUUCCACCAAACUCUUAUCGGGGCAAAGAACCAAUUCUCUCUGGUUGUCAUGGGGAUUUCUAGUGAUGAGUGAAGAAACGUUUUUUUACAGUUUUAAAUUAUGUUCAACAAAUAAAAUCUGUCUUUUUAAUGUGG